UGAACUCGUUACCGUUUAUAGAAGCAUUCGACUAUCAGCGGAAACAUCUGACAUUGUUGUUCACUACGCAUUACUACACUUUCAUUGAGUUGGUGUAAAAUUUUGAUAACUAACCAAAAUGACACUUGGUAACCUUAACUUGGCCUUUACCCAUAGCGCUUGCGUCAUUGCUGGCCUAGAGCAAGUCCUUUUUGCUCCUGUAGGUCAGACACAAUUUUACUUGGGGAUUACUCUACUGGAAGGUCGCCCCUGGCCUGAGUGCUUAAAGGAAUGGAGAGAGAAAUUGAUUCCAACAUGGAAGGUUGCAGUGUGCUUUUGGCCAGUUGUCCAAACCGUCAAUUUUGCCUAUGUUCCAGAAAAGAACCGUGUAGUGGUGGUUUCAGUAGCAUCCUUCGUAUGGACAAUAUUCUUGUCUUACAUGCAUCACUUUGACCAAGAAAUGCUUCCAUUGUUUCUCAAGAGGAUAGAUCAGUCAAGAGAGACACUUUCUAAUGGAAAAUGUUCACAGUCUGACAAAGAAUAAUUAACCAAAGAUUUGUUAUAGCAGCAUAACAAUUUUAAAUUUUAUGUUAAUAUAAUUGUAUGAAAAAGAUAUAUGUAUUAUAGAUAAUUGAGAAGUUUCAUGUUAAUAGAGUAAUUACACUUCUUAUAGAUGAGGGGCAUCUGAAUUAAUAUUGUGUAUCAGGUUCUAGACCAGUGGCACUCGUGACUUCUUUCUCUGAUAAAAAUCUUCAGCAAUCUCAAUUUACCUAAUUGUAUAACAGUAUUCCUUGAAGACAUAGCUUUGUAAUAUGUUCAUGAUGUGAAACAGUGACUUAGUAAAUUGGCUUAUAAUAUUUUUUCCCAAAACACCGCGAUCCCAUUGAGAACUGCAACACAUCGGUUGGGUACCACUGUUUUACAGGUAUAAAUUAUACAGAGAGAAUGUGAUGCCCAUUUUAUAAAAAUGGUGAAAAAGGUACUUUCCAAUGAAAUUAAAACAGCAUGUAAGAGUUUACAUGAAGAUGUUUUAAUAUUAUUGGGAAGUAUUUUUUAAAAUUUAGUCUAAAUAUAUUAAGAAGUAAUGAAAAUGAUUGUUCAAGAAAUAGAAAAUGUAUUUCAUAUUUCAUGAUAUAUUUAUUGUCCUACAUUUUCAUACAGCAUAUUUAAGUAAAUAUAUAUACAUUACAUAUUUGUGUGUGUGUGUGUGUAAUAUUUAUAGCAUCAGUGUGAAACAUAUGUCAAUAAAACAGUUUGUUUUUA